GGUUGUCAACAUUUUAUUUGCCAUUGAUUGGUCACACAUCAACGCGUUGAUCUAUAGCCCCGCCCCUUUGCCCUGGCUGAGAGGAGCUGCUGCUGUCUGAGACACGAAUAACAGAUGAAAGGUUAGCUGGGGACCUUAAUAACUUUACCAAAUAUUGACCAUUCAUUUUCGGCAAGAGGAUUUACCCCUGUCUGUGGUAUGAAAAGGUAACUUUGGUCAUCUCGCCUGAAGUUGUGGUCAGAAAGCUGAAGCAUGGAUUCAGCUCAGGGGAAUUUCUCUCCACUCAAACGCUUUGUAGUGGCCAAAAAGAAGAUCGGUGAUGUGUUUGAGCAACUGCUGGAGUAUGUGAAGGAAGGCUCAGCAUUUGUAGAAGAAACGUGUCAGAAUGAAGCCUUGGAGAACAUUGCAAGUCGUGACCAACAGGAGGAGAUUCAGGCGUAUGCUGGCAAACUGCAAACUAUCAAAGAUGUGCUUGCACGCAGACACAUGAAGGUGGCCUUCUUUGGCAGGACGAGUAAUGGGAAGAGUACAGUGGUCAAUGCCAUGCUGAGGGACCGGGUGCUGCCCAGUGGCAUGGGUCACACCACCAACUGCUUCCUGAGUGUGGAGGGCACGGACGCGAACCACGCCUACCUCAAGACCGAGGGCUCCGAGGAGGAGAAGAGCAUCAAGACUGUGAACCAGCUGGGUCACGCUCUGCACAUGGACGAGAGUCUGGACGCAGGCUGCCUGGUCCGAAUAUUUUGGCCCAAGACCAAGUGUGCCCUGCUCAGAGACGAUCUGGUUCUCGUAGACAGCCCUGGGACAGAUGUUACGACACAGCUGGACAGCUGGAUCGACAAUUUCUGCCUGGACGCCGAUGUCUUCGUGCUGGUGGCAAACUCAGAAUCAACCCUCAUGAACACGGAGAAGCAUUUCUUCCACAAGGUGAACGAGAAACUCUCCAAACCUAACAUCUUCAUCCUCAACAACCGCUGGGAUGCCUCGGCCAGCGAGCCAGAGUACAUGGAGGAUGUGCGGAAGCAGCACACGGACCGCUGUGUCAACUUCCUGGUGGAUGAGCUGAAGGUAAUGGACCGGGAGCAGGCGCCCAACCGCAUCUUUUUUGUGUCGGCCAAAGAGGUGCUCAACUCCCGCAUGCAGCGAGCUCAGGGUAUGCCAGAGUCCGGUGGAGCUUUAGCAGAAGGCUUCCACGAGAGGCUCAAGGAGUUCCAGAGUUUCGAGAGGACAUUUGAGGAGUGUAUCUCGCAGUCAGCAGUGAAAACAAAGUUUGAGCAGCACACUAUAAGGGCCAAGCAGAUCACUGAAACGGUCAAAGCCAUCAUGGAUGCCAUCAACAUCGAGGCGGCAGAGAAGAGAGUGGCCUCAUUGGAGGACCGUGAAUACCAGAUGGAUCGUCUGGAGUUUGUGAAGAACCAGCUCAGCCUGCUCAUAGAGGACAUCAAGAUGAAGAUCAAGGCCAUUACAGAAGAGGUGGAGAGCAAGGUGUCUAGCGCCAUGGGCGAAGAGAUCUGUCGUCUCAACGUGCUAAUUGAGGAGUUCCACUCGGACUUCCAACCCUCGCCCCACGUCCUCAAGCUCUACAAAUCAGAUCUACUGAGCCAUAUUGAAGAGGGCAUGGGCAAAAACCUGGCCUUCCGCUGCUCCAAUGCCGUCAACGCCUCCCUGCAGUCCUCCCAGAGAGACAUGAUCGAGAGUAUGCAGCCUCUGCUGCCCCCUGCUGUUCAGAGCCAGAUACAAACGCUUGUGCCAAGCCGCAAAUUUGACCUGAGCUACAACCUGAACUGCGCCACGCUCUGCUCAGACUUCCAGGAGAACAUUGAGUUCCAGUUCUCAAUGGGCUGGACGGCACUGGUCAACCGCUUCCUGGGGCCUACCAAUGCAAAGCGGGCCCUCAUGCUGGUCGACAGGAACUUCCAAGUAACGCAGAUGACACACUCCCUGUCCACCACGCCCUCCAGUGGCCCCUCCAGUGUGGCGGUAGCACAUCCCCAGGACGCCGCGCUCUCCCAUGAGGAGCUGAUGAUGUCCAUGGCCACCAACCUGGCCUCCCUCACCUCCCGCACCUCCAUGACUGUGGUCAUCGUUGGAGGAGUGGUGUGCCGGACGGUGGGCUGGCGGCUCAUAGCCCUGUCGGCCUCCAUGUACGGCCUGCUCUACUUGUGGGAGAAGCUCACAUGGACCACCAAGGCCAAGGAGCAUGCGCUCAAGCGCCAGUUUGUGGACUACGCCACAGAGAAACUACAACUCAUUGUCCGCUUCACCAGUGCCAACUGUAGCCACCAGGUCCAGCAGGAGAUGGCCACGACCUUUGCGAGGUUGUGUCAGCAGGUGGACCUGACACAGAGGGAGCUGGAGGGAGAGAUCAGCCGACUGACCGCUAAGGUCCAGACUCUGGAGACCGUCCAGAGCCACUCCAAGACCCUCCGGCACAAAGCCACAGAGUUUGAGAGGCAAUUGGAGGCUUUUACAGACCAGUAUCUGAAUCCCCAUAAAUGAUGGACUGGGUUUCUUUCUCUGGCUCUACUGGCUCCCCUAGCGACUCAGUCCUAGCAAAUGGAAUUGACUCUCCUCCCCUCUCCACUCAGAGAAAAUAGGUCCACCCUCGACAAUAUUGCUCCCGGGAUUCCCCCACCUCCGAACAGAUGUUUCUCUAAGAGAUUUGUUGAAGUGUGUCCAGUCUUCCACACACUUUAGAAAAGGACUUUGCAGAGAACAAACUGCCCAUUAGUUCAACAAACCAAACUGCCUGUAACACAAAUACAAACUCUGUGUAACUGUGUGAAUCAGUCGUGUGAAUACAGUUCCGAAGGUCAGGACAUAAACUCUGGUUGGCAUGAGAUUGAAGGUUGGGUGCUGUAGCCUGUACAUUGACACUACUGCUCUUAGAACUGUGAAUAUGCCUUUCACUAACUCCUGAAGUGUGUGUGUGUGUGUGUGUGUGUGUGUGUGUGUGUGUGUGUGUGUGUGUGUGUGUGUGUGUAGAAAAAUGUAGGCAUGUGAUUUUCAUUCAGAUCUGAAUUUGUUCUGGUUUACACCAUUGUAAAAAAAUUAAAAUAGAAUUGUGUGUGUGUGUUUUUUGUGAAGGACCUACAUAAAUUCAGAGGAAAUCCAUUUGAAUUCAGAAAAAAACAAUCAAAAUUACUAACGUCCGGCUGAUAGUGUUUUGAUAAAUAGAAGCAUUGUAUAACUUCCUCUGCCGUUUCAACUAAUUUGACAUGUCAUGAGAAUACAUUUGAACAAUCUCCACUUUGUAAAAAAGUGUUUUCCUUUCAUGAUGAAUUUGAAUUGAAAUGCAUCCUGAUUUACCUGAAUCUAUUAAAAUAAUAUUCUAUGUCA